AUGGCCUACACCCAGUUGAUCAAGAUUUUGGAUCAAAUAGCCGAGUCGGGAAAAAAUUCCUCUGAAUGGGAAGAGGAUUCUCGAUUCGAAAGCUGGGAAUCCGAUCUUCAGGAAUGGAAAAAGGCUCUGCCCGUCGACUUCAAGAUUGAUAGCAUGGACCCCAAGGAUUCAAGAUACCGUUCGAUCUUUCAUCUCUAUCUCAAUUAUUAUUAUGCAUGGAUAACCAUGGGCAAGGUGGCCCUUGUCACCGUUGCUCGAACAAAUCUCCAAAGACACAUCGAUCCCAUGUCGCAACUACCCGAGCCGAGCCAGGUUGUUCUAAGACAAUCCCGAUCUUGCGCGAAAGCGGCCAGAAAAAUCCUCUUUCUUUUUGAAACAGUGACACGCAACCAGAUGAUCGCUCGUUUUUCCUUCACAGACUUCCAGGGGUGCAGCAUCGCAACCAUCGUGACACUGGUAUCUGGAAUCACGGAUCGUGAUUCCGGAUACACUGCCCGGGUAGCCUUUGGAUUGGCCUGUCUCCGAAAUAUGGCGAUCGGAAACACGACAGCGAAAAUGGGAGUCACAUUUGUCGAAGCGGUCCAAACAAUCACGGAGGAGGCUAGGGAUAAGCUUCAUCAGGCUGCUCCUAUUGUGACUGAACCCCGAGAACUUCAACCCUCGACCUCGGUCUCCGUCUCUGAUUAUAAUCGGUGGGCUGAAUGGUUCACUAAUCAAGAACGCUACCAUAUACAAGAGCAAUUGCCAGUCCCCGGGGAAGUUAGUAGGGCGGAGAACGAUAUACCAUCAUCACAGACCUGUCUACAAUCAGCUGCAGCGAAUAUCGAAACCAUGUCCAGUUGGCGCACUGCGAAUGAACAGUUUGGGUUGGAAGAAAAUCUGCUCUCACACUCCUUGCCUAUCGCACAAGACAUUGCAUACCCCGAAGAUGACUUUUCUUUAGUACUACAGAGUGAUGACCCGACCUUUCUUAUGGGCUUGACUGGGCUUGAUUUACUGGAUUUCUCUGGGAUUACAUGA